AUGUCAGACAGUGAUUACUACGACACACUUGGAGUUUCUAAGAAUGCCAAUGAUGAAGACAUCAAGCGGGCGUACAAGAAAUUGGCUAUGAAGUAUCACCCCGACAAGAAUCCGGGCAACAAACAAGCCGAAGAGAAAUUCAAAGAAGUUGCUGAGGCGUAUUCCGUCUUAAGUGACCACGAGAAAAGACGGACGUACGAUUUGUAUGGGAAAGAUGGGUUGGGAGGAGUAACGAGGGAAUACGACGCGAAUGAUGUGUUCCAACAAUUCUUUGGUGGUGGGGCGGAUGAUUUUGGGUUUGGUUUUGGGUUUGGGCACUUUGGAAGCUUUGGCCGCUUCACGAGUUUUGGACCGACUUCGUAUAUGUCUGAAGAGUCGAAGGAGACCCGUACCAGUCGCGUCAAAAAUAUCGAAGUUGAAGUCCCCGUCACAUUGGAGCAGAUGUAUUGUGGUGCGACAAUGAAAA